ACAUUAGAGAUCCCAAUGACUUGCAUGGAUAAAUAGGUCUUUAUUGGACCUCAUUGGGAAAUUCAGAAUGUCAUCAGAGGAGAAAAGUCUAGACCCCUCUGACAAAGGACCCUCACCACCUCCUAGCAGCUCUGGGGCCACUCCCACUGGAAGUCCGGCCCCCACAGAUAAGCGGCCCCGGGGCCGCCCUCGUAAGGACGUGUUAUCCACGGCAACACCGCUUCCAGCUGUGCCCAGACAGAGAAAGAAGAAUCGGGGGCGAGGGAGAGCUCUGGUGGAGGAUGAAGACAGCACAGAUGGAAUGGAGACCGCAGAAACAGAAAGCACACAGGAGACAGUCACUAAAGAGCAGCAGGAGGAGACGGUGGGCGCCGCUGCCGUGGCAGUUUCUGCAGAGGGGGAGGAAGAGGAGCAGUCGUCAUCCCCUCUUCCUGCGAGCCCUGAGACGGGGGCGGCACAAACAUCAUCAGCCUCUGGAGAAGCUAAAAGCAGCGAACAGCUCUGUGCCUUCUGUUACUGCGCUGGUCGAAGCCUGUUGGGCCAGGGGGAUCUGAAGCCAUUCAGGGUCACGCCCGGAUACGACCCUCCACUUCCACAAUCCUCUGCAGAGGAGGGCCACGACCGUGACGACAAGAGUGGGGCUGCCAGCCAAUCAGGGAGGCACAGGGGCCCAGAGAGUGUCGGGGCCGAGGAAGGAGGAGGCAGAUUCUGGGACGAGCUCCGCCACGUCGGUCUGCCAGACGACAUUGACAUCCGAACACUCUUUGAUGAGUCGGGUCAGUGCUGGGCUCAUCAGAGCUGCGCGCUGUGGUCAAAUUUUGUGUGUCAAGCGGAGGAUCAAUCACUGCUAAACGUGGACAAAGCCAUCCACUCAGGGAGCACAGAGCAUUGUGCAUAUUGUAAGCGCCUUGGAGCAUCCAUCAAGUGCUGUGAGGAGGGGUGUGAUCGCUCGUACCAUUACCCCUGCGCGGGGGCCGCCGGCACCUUUCAGGACUUCAGGAGGCGCUCUGUCCUGUGCACAGAGCACAUUGAGCUGGCCGUCAGCAAAUUUGAAGAAGAGGCGAACUGUAUAUUGUGCGACAGCCCCGGGGAUCUCCUGGACCAGCUUUUUUGCACCAGCUGUGGGUUGCACUACCACGGCAUGUGUCUGGACAUCAGCGUCACUCCUCUGAAGAGGACAGGCUGGCAGUGCCCCGAGUGCAAAGUCUGUCAGACAUGCAAGGAGCCUGGAGAAGACACUAAAAUGCUAGUGUGCGAUAUGUGCGACAAAGGCUAUCACACUUUCUGCUUGCAGCCGGCUAUGGACUCUAUCCCCACCAACGGCUGGAGGUGUAAGAACUGCCGGAUGUGUGUUCAGUGUGGCACCCGGAGCAGUGAUCAAUGGCACCACAACAGCCUACUGUGCCAAAACUGUGGCGAUCAACAGGACACCACCGUCCCCUGCUUAUGUCCCAGCGACGUAGAUCCCGACGUCCACAAAGACCUGCUUUCUUGCCAUCAAUGCAAAAGGUGGUUCCACCCAGAAUGUGAGCGUCCAGGUGAAGGUCACGCACAUCCACAGUCCAAAGAAGACCACAUAUGUUCCGUCUGUAGAAACGCAGGCUUUGAAUCAGAUCCUGUGCGCGCGGAUGCAGAAGGAAUCCAGGCGGAGAUUCAAUCACACGUGGACGUUGUAGAAAACGUACAGCCAGUUUCAUCAAACGAUUCGGAGCCUGCUAAAGUUCAAGACGCAGAACCUCACCAGCCUGUCAGCGAGAUGCCGAGUGAAGAGAAGCAACUGGAUGAAAAACAAAUGAUGGAAAUUGGUGCAAAUGCUAGUGGCGAUUUAGCCAAGCCAGAGUGCAGCGAGACCUCAGACCACAGCGCGGAAAAUGAGCGGACUUCAGUUGAGUCUCCUCAGGAGACAAAAGGUCCUGAAGUUUCAGAGCCGCACGAGCAGAAACUGGAUUCAGCUCCAGAGACGUCCACAGUCCAGCAGCUUGUGUCAUCCCUUGAACUAGAGGAGCCUCCUGAGACGUCAGCUGAACUCACAGAAAACGUCUCCCAGAAUGAGGAUGACAGCAAGCCCUGCCUGGAGGAGCAGAAAACCAACCUAUCACCUACCAAAGAGCCAACUCCAGCCUGUACCUCCCAUGAGGAAGAACCUAUGGAGGUUUCCUUCACGGAGGAACCUUCCACAAUGGCUCAUGGAGUUACUGUAGAGCCUGAGGUUAGUACUGCUAAGACUACACCAGGAGUUCAGAGCCAGGAGGAAACGGGUGUUAUGGUGCAGCAGUGUGACAUUAUUCCCGAGAGUUAUACCUCACAAAUGCAAUUAGCAAAGUCUCCAGAUGGAGCAUGGAGCGCGUCCCGCAGACCGAGCUCCCCCUCAUGGUCCCUUGACCCGACUGAGGGCUGGGACGGGCCAAAGAGCAGGCAGCCCUACAGCUCGGCCGCCUGGAUAAUCCGUGUGCAGGGCCGGGGAUCUGGCUUCCCCAGCAGGAGACGGCCCAGGGGUUCGGGUGUCACGGGCCGGGGAGGACGAGGCCGGGCCAGAAUGAAGAACGGAGUCCCUCCAAUCCCAAUACCGGGAGUGAGCAUCAUGGAACCCAUUUGCACAUUCAAGGAAGAGGACGAAAACGCCAUGCACAAUACAGUGGUGAUUUUCUCUAGUGCAGACACGUUCACUAUGAAGCAGGAUAUGUGUGUGGUUUGUGGGAGUUUUGGACAGGGUAUGGAGGGUCGACUCCUGGCCUGUGCUCAGUGUGGACAGUGUUACCACCCCUUCUGUGUUAACAUAAAGAUCACUAAGGUGGUGCUGAGUACAGGCUGGCGGUGUCUGGAGUGCACCGUGUGUGAGGCGUGCGGUCAGGCCAGCGAUCCCGGCCGUCUGCUGCUCUGUGACGCCUGUGACAUCAGCUACCACACCUACUGCUUAGACCCGCCCCUUCAGAACGUGCCCAAUGGGAGCUGGAAAUGCAAAUGGUGUGUGUCCUGUACGCAGUGCGGCACCACAACUGCGGGUCUGAGGUGUGAGUGGCAGAAUAAUUACACUCAGUGUGCCCCUUGCGCCAGCCUGGCUUCAUGCCCGCUGUGCCAGCAGGACUACAACGAGGAGGAGAUCAUCCUGCAGUGCCGCCAGUGUGACAGGUGGAUGCAUGCCUCGUGUCAGGGAAUCCACUCAGAGGAGGAGGUGGAGAAGAUUGCCGAUACCAGCUUUGACUGCAAUCUGUGCCAAGGCCACACCCCCCUCUCUCCCCCGCCUGGAACGCCGGCCAAGUCUUGUUUGGAUUUAGUCGAGUCUGUUCUCAUGCCGCAGAGAGUCACAAAAGCAAGAGAUCCUGAGCUGACGAGGACGUACACCCAGGACGGUGUUUGUCUCACAGAGUCUGGCCUGUCGCAGCUCCAGAGUCUCGCCAAUGCAGCCUCGCGGCGGAGACGCUCCAAACCCAAACUCAAGCUGAAGAUCAUAAACCAGAACAGUGUGGCCGUGCUGCAGACGCCUCCAGACCCACAGACUGAACUCUCCAGAGACAGAGACCUCGAUGACACCAAAACAGAAGGGGAGACGGUGGACGGUGAGGGGAAGUCCGACUCCAGCCCCGAGAGAGAGGCCACAGCAGAAGACGACUCUAAAGACACAGAUCCCUGCAAGAAGAGGAAGAGGAAGCCCUACCGCCCAGGUAUCGGAGGUUUCAUGGUCAGACAGAGGAACCGGACGGGUCCGGGCAGAACCAAACAGGCCUUGGUCAGGAAGGACUCCACUGGCUCUGAGACCCUGCACGGCAAAGAUGAGAGCUGGGGCGACCAAGCGCCUGACACUCCAAUGGAUGUAAAACAUCCUUUGUCUGAUUUUCCUGACAUUCCUGAGGUUAAAAUACGGAAACGCUACAGGAAAAAGAAGACCAAACUGGAGGAGGCUUUCCCUACUUACCUACAGGAGGCCUUUUUUGGGAAAGACCUGCUGGAUAAGAGCAAACAGAGCAGACAGGAAACCACACGGCUGCUAGAGGAUGAGCGAGACAGGAAACAACUCCUGGCCAAUCAGAUGAAGCCAUUGUCAUACGCAUCACUCAGUGCGUCAGUGGCACCGCUGGCCAGGAAAGCAGUAGCAGCACAGAAUUCUGUGGAGCCUCUAGUGGACCUGUCCGAAGAGCUGAAAUCAGACACAGAGCUGCUGGGAAUGUUUUCUAAUACCAGGCAAACUGAGGAGUCCGGUCUUGAUUUUUGCCCUUUCCAAGUUGAGUACUCUCCUUCAUCAUUUGGUCUGGAUGUUGCUCCUUUUACAGAAGACGCAUCUGUUUCAUCUCAAACUCAUCUGGGCCGAACUCACCCACGUCAGGUGCACGAGGAGCCACUGGAUGGCAUUCUCAGCCCUGAACUGGACAAGAUGGUCACUGAUGAAUCAAUACUCGGCAGACUCUACAAAAUACCAGAGCUUGGUGGGAAGGAUGUGGAGGAUCUCUUCACAGCUGUCCUGAGCCCCAGCACCAGCCAACCUCCUCAGAUGCCUCAACAGAUCCAGGGAGCUCAAACCCUGCAAGGUCUCGCAGGCCCUGGUUUACAUCCCUCCCAACCUAUCUCAGGAAUGUCUUCACGAAUGCCAGUGACGAAUGGUUUGAUGGAACCCAAACAGCAGUUUUCACAGUCCCAAAUUGCUCCUGGAGUAGGGCCUGAUAUGGCUCGAAAUAUCCCAUCAAUGCAGCGCAUGCCUUUCUCAGACAAUCUUAGGGACAGGAAGUUCAAUCUGAUAGCGCAGGAGACUGCUGGUCCGUGGUCCGCUACAGGCUCAGCUUCGGCCUCUGCUCCAGCCGCUGCCUCUGAGGUGGAGGGAGACUCCAUGUCCACCGCACAGAAAAGCACUCUGAAGUGGGAGAAAGAAGAAACGCUCGGAGAACUUGCCACUGUCGCACCGGUCCUGUACACUAAUGUCAACUUCCCGAACCUCAAGGAGGAAUAUCCAGACUGGUCAACACGAGUCAAACAAAUUGCAAAACUCUGGAGAAAAGCAAGUUCACAGGACCGGGCUCCAUAUGUGCAAAAGGCCAGAGAUAACAGGGCAGCCCUGCGCAUUAACAAAGUUCAGAUGUCCAACGAGACCAUUAAGCGGCAGCCGCCUCCGCCAGAGCAGCCUUUAGAAGUGUUUGAUCCUGCUAUUCCACCACUGGACCCGGAAUUACUGUUCAAAGAUCCACUGAAGCACAAGGAAUCAGAGCAUGAACAAGAAUGGAAGUAUAGACAGAAUAACAACCUGAGAAAGCUGCAGAAAGAACAAGCCGAGCUCAACAUGCCCCAACAUUGCUUAGUUCUGCAAAUGAGACAGAAAAGUAGGCAGCAAGCUAAGAUCGAAGCUACACAGAAACUUGAGCAGGUGAAGAAUGAACAACUUCAGCAGCAGCAGCAACAACUUCCAUCAAUCAGCCAAUCUGAGCAUGACUCUUCUGGUCACCUGAAUAGUCCAGUAUCUGUGCACUCCAACAGUGGAAACAUGUCUCCCAAGCAGCCCAGUUCAUCAAAGUCACAGCUGCCCGGCACGCCGACAUCGUGUUCCCCAGAUGACGUCUUUUUGCGCCCUCAUCCACCACCCCCAUCUUCAGGAUCUCAGCCACAGAGCCCUCAGAUGUUCUCCCCAAGCUCCUCUGGCUCCAGACCAUCCUCACCCUGGGAUCCCUACACCAAAAUGGUAGGCACACCCAGACCACCACCUACUGGGCAGGGAACUCCACGCCGUAACUCGGAAUCAGGGAAAUCUCCCAGAGGUCUUUCAGAGCCAAUUGGCUCUCCAACAGCCAUAUGUAAUGACCCCUAUGCCAAGCCCCCAGGCACCCCAAGGCCAACAGGAGCUACAGACCCUUUUCUCAAACCUAUGUGCCCUCCCAGAGCAAGUCAGACAGUGGAAGGGAGGCAUCUUAUUGGCUCCCCAAGCCAUGAUCCAUUCUCUAGGGUGUCUGUGAGAAAGGAAGCCUACCAGAGAAUGCCCCAGGGCAGGAUGAUACUCUCAGACCCAUAUGCUCGUCCUUUACUCACUCCUAUUCCAGGCAGCAAUGAAUCAGGGUCCAUCCAGGUCUUUAAAACCCCUAUGCCACCCCCUCAGGCUCAGGAACAAUAUGCAGGUAUGCAUGCACGGAGAGCAAGUGGGGAUCCCUUCGAAAGACCAAUGAUGCCCCCUCGUCCUUCUGAAUCAUUUUCCCAGAAUCAACAGAACGAUCCUUAUGCACAGCCUCCGCUCACUCCUCGUCCUGCAGUAGGUGACGGCUAUGCAAAUCAGAGGCUUUCACGACAGCCCCAAACCCUCCCUUUUUCUCAGCCUGGGCCAAUGGCACGCCAGCCUUCCUGUAACCCAUAUGCUCGAGCCCCUUCCACCCCUCGGCCAGACUAUUCCCAGUGUGAUCCCUAUGGACAACAGUCUGCUACACCAAGACCUUCGAGUGACCCUUUUGCCCCAUCUCUAUCGUUUUCUAACCCAUACGCUAGAAUGCCAGGCACACCUAGACCACAUGACCCUGAACCCUACUCUCAGCAGCCUGCAUCUCGUCAUCCGGUCAUGAUGAAUCAACCCUCUCAGCAGCAGACUCAAAACUGCAUAAUGUCUCCUAUGUCAAUGGACCCUUACGCUCAACCCCCUGGGACCCCACGCCCAGGAAUGGCAGACCGGUUCCCCAAGUCUCCAAGUCACCAAAGGACUACUGAUCCUUUUAGUCAAUCCCCCGGACUGCCACGCCCUGUAGUGCCUGAUCCUCACGCACAGUCAUUGGGAAGGUCCCAGUCAUUACCUAAUGAUUCAUGUGCACAUCCCUCACGAACACCUCAUCCUGGAGGAGUCGGACAGGGAUUGGUACCUGGGCCCAUGGCCAAUCAAGAUCCAUUCUCUCCUCCUCAAGUCUUGAUGCAAGACUCUUUUGCCAGUCCAACAAAACAUGGACCUCAGACCCUUAAACAUCUGGGCAUGACAGAUGAAACCGUAAAUCAGCCAAUAUCCAGUCGACCCAAUCAGACUCUCAUCCAUGACCCUUUUGAGCAGGCCCCCAUGCUUCCACAUCCUCAAUGUGGAGAAAAUAAAGAACAACAAGGUUUGGUACAGCGUAUGAGUUCCCACCCCAUGGGCCAGCCCAGCACUGAAGCUCAAACAGUACCUCUUGCUGAAGCUGAGGAAAGACUCAGACAGCGUCAGCGUAUUCGAGAGCUGAUCCUCAAACAGCAACAGCAGAAGAGUGCCAUACGUCAAGAUAAGGGUGUACAGGAUCAUCCUCUGACCAUGCCUCCAGGAACCCCUCAACACUGGAGUCUGGAGUCUACAGGCCAACAGAGUGAAAUUUUUAAUCGCCCACCACCACCAUAUCCUGGUCCAGGAGCUGUGAGAGCCCCUCAGAGAUUCCAUGGGCCAUUCCCAGGAGAUCAACAGGGGCAUUUCCCUGAAGGCCAGUUUCCUAUACCACAGUUUCCUGCACAUGCUGACUCAAAUAUAAGGCAGCUUGGGCCAAGGAUGCCCCUCACUCCUAAUGUCCAAGGUCCUAUAGCAGCUCCAAGACCACAUCAGAUGCACGACCCAAUAAUUGAAGCUCAUCCACAGAUGAGAAGAUCCAUGUCUAUGGACUUGGGGAAAUCAAUAGGAGGCAACCCCUUAGUAACCCCACAUUUACCUCCUCGUGGCAUGCAUGUGCAACAGCACAACAUCAUGGGGCAGCCUUUCAUAGAACUGAGACACAGAGCGCCAGAUAGCAGACUUCGGCUUCCCUUUGGAGCUCCUAGUAUGCAGGGAAAUCGAAUGGAAUUGCCCUCACAGCAACGGCCCCCAGGUUUCAUGGGUGGCCAAGAAAUUGGAUUUCCCUUCAAUCAAGUUCCAAAGCCAAUGGACACAACAAUUAAUCAGUCUCAGGUAGCUAAUACGCAGAUGCAGGCAUCUCUCAGCUUGGGGAAUUUACAACAAGCCAAUAUUCUGUUGAGAGCUGGACAUCCACAAAUCCCCCUGACGAGGUCUAUAAGUCAACCUGCUUCCAGUGAGACUCUCAGUGCUCCCUUACUCACAAGUAUUGCUGCUAUAUCUGCUGUCCAAAACAUUGAGGUCCCUUUAUCCACAAAUGAAGUACCUGAGGAGAAAAUCGAUACUGAUGAAUCUGCUGUGAAGGACCUUGAAGAUGUUGAGGUGAAGGACCUUGUGGAUGCCGAUUUAGAGAACUUAAAUCUCGAUCCAGAUGAUGGAAAGGACUUGGAUCUUGAAACGAAUGACCUGCAUCUAGAUGACUUCUUAACUUCUGGGAAAUUUGAUAUAAUUGCCUAUGCUGAUGCUGAUUUAGAUCUUAGUGAGGACCUGGAUCUCAGUGAUCCAAUAGAAGACCACGCUGAGACGUAUGAUUUCCAAAAGACAAAAGCUGAGAAAAAGACUGAUAGUUUUGAUGGCUCAUCAUCGUCAUGCUCAACAUCAACAGCAAAGGAAGUAGUAGACAAAACGGCUCAGUCUCAAGGUCACAUCAGUCCAGACGUUCCUCAGGAUCAGGUGUUGGUUUCCUUGAAAACAGAGGAGGAUAGCAAAAAUGGAAUUAAAGAUUGCUUGUCCCGAGACACAUCUUGUAAGAAUCAGGUAAAUGAUAGUGCUGCCAUUAAUCAAGCUGGCUUUGAAAGUGAUAUUGAUGCCAGUUUACAGGCUCCAAAGUCUGGAAUUCACCCCGAUGCUACUCCAGUGCUUUCAAGCAUGCUGGUCAAUGUACCACCAGAAGGUGAAUCACAGAAGCAGGAACACUCAUCAGCACAAGGCAACCCACCAAGUCAGGAAGCUACAUUGUCACUCAGUAGCACUAUGCUGGGGCAAGGAAACUUCUCAGUGCAGGGGAUAGAUACUGGCCUCAGUAUUGACCAAUCGUUGGUGUCUUCUCAUGGUGAAAGCACAUUAGAAGUCCCAGGCUCCAUUCAGGAACAACAACAAAGCCAUAUUUUUGGUAUGGAUCAAAAGGAUGCUGUACUCUCAGGGGAACAACACAGUAUUCUUGCUCAACAGGCAAUGCUGUCACAGCAAGGCAAUCAGAUCAGACCACUGCUUCUGGAGGAGCAACCACUCCUUCUCCAAGACCUCCUGGAUCAGGAGAGACAGGAGCAGCAGCAGCAGAAGCAAAUGCAAGCUAUGAUAAGACAGCAUCCCAGUGAUUCAUUCUUCCCCAACAUAGAUUUUGAUGCUAUCACAGACCCCAUAAUGAAAGCAAAGAUGGUUGCAUUGAAAGGAAUCAAUAAAAUGGUGGUCCAGAACAACAUGGGAAUGUCUCCUAUGGUCAUGAACAAUGUCCAGACAGGGCAGGAGCUACCAGGCCCUGAUGGAGGUAUAACUCCAGUGCAGUUGGCUGGACAGGAUGGCAAACUUGCUCCUCACAUGGCACGACCCAAUCCCCCAAAUUUUGGACCAGGAUUUUCCCAUGAUGCACAGAAGGUUCAGUAUGAAGACUGGCUCAGGGAAACCCAGCAGCUACUUCAGAUGCAGCAGAAGUUUUUGGAGGAGCAGAUUGGGGCCCAUAGAAAGUCAAAAAAGGCCCUGUCAGCCAAGCAGAGAACUGCCAAGAAAGCAGGACGGGAGUUUCCUGAGGAGGAUGCAGAGCAGCUGAAACAUGUGACAGAGCAGCAGGGGGUGGUGCAGAAACAGCUGGAACAGAUCCGCAAACAGCAGAAGGAGCAUGCAGAGCUGAUAGAGGAGUACAGGGUUAAUCAGCAGCAACAAGGUAGCAUGCAGCCUGCAAUGAUGCAUGGAAUGCCACCAAUGCAGCCCCAUGCUGGCAUGAUGCCAGUUGAGCCCCCAAUGAACCAACCUAUGAUGGGUCCCAUGAUGCCCAUUCGUCUCCACCCUGGCCAACCAGAUGCAACUAGUGUGACCAACACAGCAGGUUGGCACCCUGGUGCACCUGUUGCCAGUGGAGCACCUCAAAUGCCAGGAGUAAUGCCUGCUCAAGUAGUGCAGGCACAGCCUACGCAGCCGGCAGUGGCAAGGCCCAGUCAGGGGCAGGCAGGUGGCGAGUCUUCUCACGUGAAUUUCGACGAUACCAACCCAUUUAGUGAAGGCUUCCAGGAGCGUGAGCGCAAGGAGCGGCUACGGGAGCAGCAGGAGAGGCAAAGAGUGCAGCUUAUGAAGGAGGUGGAAAGACAGCAUGUGAAACACUGCAUGGAGCAACAGCAAGUCCCUAACUGCCAAGAUGGUACAAUGAGGGCCUUGUCACAAAUGCCUUUUUACAACCAGGAGCUACCGCAGGACUUCAUGCAGCCACCCAGAAUGCAACAGCAGAUGCAAGGUCCACCAUUUCCACAUCAGCAAGGCAUGCAACCAGGGUUCGUUGGAGGACCAUCCAGACCAAUGAUGGGUAACGGUCCAUUCCCUCAGGAAAUGGGACCGGGGUUUGUUUCUGAGAACCUAGCACCCCAUGGGCCUAACUUUGUCCAGGCACAAGCUAGACCUCAGCGAUAUCCUGGGCCAAACAUGAUGCCUCAGAAUCCAACUCAAGGGCAUCAGUUCCCAAUGGAGUGUCCCAUGCCCUUGCCUCCGAACUUUCCAGGUCCCGGUCCGUCACUGAUCCAGCUGUACUCCAACAUCAUUCCGGAGGAGAAGGGCAAGAAGAAAAGGAACCGCAAGAAGAAGAAAGAUGAUGAUUGUGAGUCGCUGAGAGCUCCUUCCACACCUCGCUCGGACCUGACAGCCCCGUUAACACCCUGUGUCUCAGAUACAUCAUCCACACCGACAAGGAACCCAAUGGUCUUCGGCGACCAUGAGUUCUGCGAGACGUCCCAGCCUGGAUCGUCUACACCAGGCUCCAUGAGCAGCCAGCCCCACUCUGAGCUGGAGCGCCAGCUUUCUGAAGGCAGCUGCGGUGGAGGGCCAGAGAUGGCCAUGUGCCAACAGGAGAUGCAUGACAGGAUCCUGUCCAACAUCAAAUUGGAGAAGGUGGAGGCAAGUGACUGCCAUGGGCAUAAAGGAAUGGAGAUGGAAAUGGGACUAGGCAUGGUCAAGGUAGAGGGAGAGAGGGAGGGAAUGUUGCUUCAUCCUGCGAGCCAAAGUCCAGCCAACAGCUCGAAAGGAGAAGCUGGGAAUGAACUCCUCAAACACCUCCUGAAGAAUAAGAGGACUCCACCUUCUGCACUGCCUCACCAGAGGUCUGGAGACAGUUUGAGGUCAGAGGAAGAGGGAUCCAUGGACUUCAAAGCUUUUCUGCGACAGAGCUCCAUGGAUAGCACUGGGACGUUCUCGGAUUCAAACCACCUUGAUUUCCCCGGACCAUUUCUUCCAGAGGACAAGAAGAAACAGAGGAACAAGAGGGCACCCAAGAGCGGAGACAGACCCGCUCCCCGCUGUAAAAAGAGGAAGAAAGAGGAGGACGAGGAUCAAGCAGUGUAUUCCUCUGAGCCAGUAAUGACCCAGUUAAAACAGCAGCUUUCUCUCUUGCCCCUAAUGGAGCCUCUGGUGGGGGUGAACUUUGCCCAUUUCAUGCCCUAUGGGGGCGGACAGCUGGACGGAGAGAGCCGUCUCUCGGGCACAUUUGGGAGCGCCUCAUUGGAUGGUGUCUCUGACUAUUACUCCCAGCUGAUUUACAAGCAGAAUAAUUUGAGCAACCCCCCCACGCCCCCUGCCUCUCUUCCCCCGACUCCUCCUCCAGUGGCGCGCCAGAAGUUGCUCAAUGGCUUUGCCACAACAGAGGAGCUGGCCAGCAAAGGUGGCGUCAUUGUUGGCCAUGAUGUCACCAAAGGGCUGCUUUCUCGACCGCUGCAGUUUAAGGCUGAGGAGGAGCUGCUAGCUCGAGCUCUGGCUCAGGGGCCCAAAACUGUGAAUGUGCCGGCUUCUCUUCCCACCCCACCUCAUAACAACCAGGAAGAGCUCAGGGGACAGGAGCAAUGUGAAGACAGAGACACCCCAGACAGCUUCGUCCCGUCUUCUUCCCCAGAGAGUGUCGUUGGCAUGGAGAUCAGCCGCUAUCCUGAUCUCUCAUUGGUCAAGGAGGAACCUCCUUCUCCAGCCCUGUCUCCAGUAAUUCCAAUGUUUCCUGUCUUUAGGGGCAAAGGCUCAGAGGUCAGAUUACGAGAGGUCAAGACGGAGCCUUCAUCAGUGUUCUUCGGCUCUCCAUUUGGAUCAGUGCAAAAUGGUUCCAACACUGGGCUGGUGUCCAUCGCCAUCACACUGAAGCCAGCAGCUGUGGGGAACAUCACUGACGUUGUUGCAGCCAUUGCUGACCUGAUCCAUGUGAAGAUCCCCAGCAGCUACGAGGUCAGCAGUGGCCCUGGAGGAACUAUGGGGGCCAUCAAGACCUCAGUGGAUCCACAGCAUCUGACCUCUGCCCUUCAUGAGCCGAACGGACUACGAGCCACACAGCAAGCACCUCAGCAGCUACAGCACAACCUUAACAAAACAUUUUUACACCUGAUGUCCUCCUCUGAUUUCUCCCAGAAGUCUCGGUUAUGUUCAGAUGCUGGUUUGGUGUUCUGCAGUCAUAGCUGUCUCAUUCUGCACUCAUCCUCCUCUCAGUCCAAUGGGAACGCUGACACCAAGGCAUCUGUUGCUCUACUUCCUGAAAGUGCUUUGCGACAGUGUCCCUCUAAAGUCCAGCACCAGUACAGCAACAACAUGUCCUCGCUAGACGUCCACUGCCUGGCCCAACUCCAGCCCAAACCGUCCCCUUCCUCUACGAACCUUCACAUGGCUUUCACCCCAGCCGAGGCAGCUCAAGCGAUCAAGAUGGAAUCCAAACCUGAAAGCAUAUCAGAAAGUCAUCUUAAAGUGAUGGUAAAGCUUACGCCGCGUUCCCAGAGCCACAUGGAAGACAAACCAUGGCAUCACGCCAAACGGUGGAAAGGCCUGCGCUGGCGAAAAUGGACGGUACACAUUACGAUACCAAAAGCUGGCACCCAAACAUCUGAAUCGGAAGUUGAGGAGCUUUUGCAGCAGCUCAACUCAUCUCUGCGACCGUGCUCAACCACUCGAGACUGGCGCCGCUGCUGUUUCUGCCAACAGAUAGGCGAUGGGAUGACAGAUGGCCCUGCCAGGCUGCUCAACUUGAACUUGGACACCUGGGUGCACCUCAACUGUGCCCUCUGGUCCUCGGAGGUCUAUGAGACGCAAGCCGGUGCCCUAAUCAACGUGGAAUUGGCGCGCCAGCGAGGGCAAACGGUGGUUUGUGCGUUCUGUCAGCGCUUAGGUGCCACCAGUGGCUGCCAUCGGCUGCGCUGCCUCAACAUCUACCACUUCACCUGCGCCCUGCAGGCUGGCUGUACGUUUUUCAAGGAUAAGACAAUGCUGUGCCACCAGCACCGGCCGCGAGGAUCUGGCGCCGCUGCUGGGUUGCACUUAGAACAGCAGCUUCGCUGCUUCUCCGUGUUCCGCCGCGUGUUUGUGCAGCGCGAUGAGCUGCGACAGUUAGCGGCGGCCGUGCAGCAGCCUGAACGCGACCAUACUUUCCGAGUGGGCAGUUUGCUUUUCCAUUCAAUGGGUCAGCUGCCACCUGCCCUGCUGCUCACGUUUCAUUCAUCCACGGCCAUCUUUCCACCUGGCUACGAGGCGAGCCGGCUCUACUGGAGCAUGCGGCACGGCCAGAAGCGCUGCCGGUACAUCUGCUCUGUGGAAGAGCAUGAGGGGCGUCCCGAAUUCAGCAUCCGUGUCAUUGAGCAGGGCUACGAGGAUCUGGUGCUGACUGACACCACUGCUAAAGGAGUCUGGGACAAGGUUCUUGGGCCCGUGGCCGAGAGGAGGGCUGAGACGGGCAUGCUGAGACUCUUCCCCAUCUAUCUGAAGGGAGAGGACCUGUUUGGGCUCACCAUCUCAGCAGUCACCCGCAUUGCUGAAUCACUGCCGGGUGUGGAGGCGUGCUCAAGGUAUCGAUUCCGUUAUGGACAUAAUCCCAUGUUGGUGCUUCCACUGUCCAUCAAUCCAUCUGGCUGCGCUCGUUCUGAGUUGCAGACGUACCCCCAUCAUGAGAGGCUGAAGAUCCUCUCCGCGUGGUCCAGAACAUCUCACUGCAUCCAGAACUCAACGGAGGUGGUGAGGGGAUCAUCUCACAGCAAACACUUUGUGCACUCCAAGUCAUCUCAGUACCGAAGGCUGACCAGCGACUGGAAGACAAACGUGUAUCUGGCACACUCUCGCAUCCAGGGUCUUGGGCUGUUUGCAGCGCGUGACAUUGAGAAGCAGACCAUGGUGAUUGAAUACAUGGGGGAUAUUCUGCGCGCUGAGGUGGCCAUGAGGAAAGAGCUGCUGUACAAGGCUAAGAACCGCCCAGCGUACAUGUUCCGCAUCUACGGCGAGCGAGUUAUCGAUGCAACCCGGUCUGGAAGCCCUGCAAGAAUGAUUUUGUUGCAGCUCUGCUACGAUUACAAGCUCACCCCGGUUGCAGAUCAGAGCAAGAUCCCAUGUCACUGUGGAGCCGCCAACUGCCGCAAGUGGAUAAACUAACAAGGAGUAACACCAACAACAACUCCAACAACUCUGAGGUGCCAAUUUAUCAGAGGAGACGUGCAAAGAGGAAACAGCCAAUCCUGGAAGUUGUCGUAACGGGCGAUCAUUAUUUUUAAUGUGCAAAACUAAGAGGAAAACACAACGCGAGAAUACAGCAUUGUGUGAGAGCCAUUCGUAUCAUUUCUUGACUUGAAAGGAAAAGGUUCUGUUAUGUGCAUGUGCCAUGAGUCUGUGUGUGUCUGUGUUUGUCAGCUCGAAUGCGUGUGCGUCACACGGGGGCAGAUUUCACCAGCGAAUGAGGACGGAGAAUGAGCGCGAGCACUGUGCCGGGUAUUGCCUUAUAGGUUGAUGGAGGGGCAGGCCCAUCUGUAUGACGAGAUCUGUAGAGACUGAACCGUAGAAAUCAAUGUAGAACAUCACUGAAUGGAGAAUGUACGGAAUUGACUUCCGCAAAGGGAAAAAAACAUGUUGCACUAAAAAAAA